UCAGCAGAUACCAMCUAGAAACAGAGCUGAAAAAGAAGAAUCAGUUGGUGCAAACACUCAAACAACAGCUAGCAAGAGCAGAGCAGGAGAUAAAGGAGAUAAAGAAGGAGAAUGAGAGGCUGGUCCAAGAAGGUGACAAGAUCAAGAAGGUUCACGAAACAUGCAUUUGUGAAAGAUGCAGGAUUUCAGAAGGCAUGAAUAUGGAUCCUGUCAGCACCAAUCUGAAAGAGAAUAACACCCAGGAGCUCCAAGAGCAGGCAAUCAUGCUAACUGAAAAAGUGUUAGAAGAAUUGGUGCUGUUUUUUCACACAGUUGCAAAAGAGAAGGAGAUGCUUGAGGCAAUGAUGGCCAACUGGAAAUCUGCACAGGAGGAGAAGCUGCAUACCCCGGAUUAGUGCUCCUACAUCCAAGCUCAAAUUAAGGAAUGGACAGCCACACUUGGAGCGCUGUGGAAGCGCCUGGCAAUCUUAGACAGACCAUGACAAAGUUCUGCCAAGAGCAUUUGGCUCCAAAGGCCCAACAGAUUGAUCAGGAAAAUGAAUUCAAAGGCAUGCGGGACUUUUGGAAGAAACUGGGAGAACUGGGAGUUCUGGGAAUCACAGCCCCUGCGGAAUACGGUGGAUCUGCYCUGGGAUACCUGGACCACGUGCUGGUGAUGGAGGAGAUCUCCCGUGCAUCGGCRUCUGUGGGGCUCAGUUACGGUGCCCACUCCAACCUGUGCAUCAACCAGCUCGUGCGCAACGGCAACGAGGCCCAGAAGCAAAAGUACCUGCCCAAGCUAAUCAGCGGGGAGCACAUUGGAGCCUUAGCCAUGAGUGAGCCCAAUGCUGGCUCUGAUGUUGUGUCCAUGAAGCUGAAAGCAGACAAGAAAGGAGAUCACUUUGUUUUGAAUGGGAACAAAUUCUGGAUCACCAAUGGGCCGGACGCAGAUGUUCUCAUCGUCUACGCCAAAACUGACGUGAACGCUGUCCCCGCCUCCCGAGGCAUAACUGCCUUCAUCGUGGAGAGGGGAAUGCCGGGUUUCAGGACAGCSCAGAAGCUGGAUAAGCUGGGAAUGAGAGGGUCUAAUACCUGUGAAUUGAUCUUUGAAGACUGCAAAAUCCCCGCUGAAAAUGUCUUGGGGACACUGAGCAAGGGAGUCUACGUUCUGAUGAGUGGAUUGGACCUGGAGAGGCUCGUGCUGUCCGGGGGCCCCCUAGGGCUCAUGCAAGCUGUUCUAGACCACGCAAUUCCAUACCUGCAUGUCAGAGAAGCAUUUGGACAGAAAAUUGGCCACUUCCAGCUCAUGCAGGGCAAGAUGGCAGAUAUGUACACACGGCUCAUGGCGUGCCGGCAGUAUGUCUACAACGUCGCCAAAGCCUGUGACCAGGGCCACUUCAAYGCCAAGGACUGUGCUGGGGUGAUCCUGUACUCGGCAGAGUGUGCGACRCAGGUGGCCCUGGACGGGAUCCAGUGCCUGGGUGGGAACGGUUACAUCAACGACUACCCCAUGGGGCGCUUCCUGCGCGAUGCCAAGCUCUACGAGAUCGGGGCGGGCACCAGCGAGGUGCGCAGGCUCGUCAUCGGCAGGGCCUUCAAUGCCACCUUCAAGUAACGCCACCACGAGCAGCAGCACCGUCGCCACC